AUGAGAUCACUGAAGAAAAACUUAGAAUAAACUUCUAUCUAUUUCAAAGGCAGACUUGUGAGAAAUUUCUAAAACUUAAAGGCUGAUUAAACUAUCUGAUUCCUGUAAAAUAUAUUUUUCUAUUAAUAGAAUAAUAAUUUAUUGAUAUCUAAGUUUUAUUAAUAAGCCAGAAAUGAAUAAGAUGAGAUUGAAAUUUAUUUGUAAUUUAUUAAUUUUAAUAUCAAAAAUAUUAUUUAAGAAAUUUGA